GCUAAGAGUGUGGCAGAUAUUUGCAAUGCAAUUAUUAUCUUCUGCUGCAAUGGAGGGAGCUAGGCUUCCUCUGUGUUCCCCUUCAUCUUGUGCAAUUCCUUCUAAACCCAAAAUCACAGUUCCCCAACGCUCUUCUUUCCCUUCUUCACUACUAAACAUUCGUUCCUUCCCCCAAAACGCAGCGUUCUCCCCUCGUAACUCUCUCCGCAGUUCCACCUUCGCACUCGCCCAACACGAAACUCCCGUUUUAGGAAAAACCGAUAACUCUUUACCCUCUUUUCCUAAAAUCGAUAAAACCGGACGCUUUUGCAGUCCCAGAGCCGCCAGAGAACUUGCACUGUCCAUAAUUUAUGCCGCGUGUUUAGAAGGGUUGGACCCUGUACGGCUUUUUGAGAAACGGAUGAAUGAGCGGCGAGAAGAUGGGUAUGAAUUUGACAAGGAAAAAUUGUUGGAGUAUAAUCAUAUGAGUUUUGGAGGGCCGCCUGUUACUGUUGAAUCGGAUGAAGAAGCGAAUGAACUUCUAAAGAGCAUUGAAAAAGAGUCUGCCAUUGAAGCUGAAGUCCUUACCGCCCCUCCGAAGAUGGUAUAUAACAAACUGAUUUUGAGAUUCACUAGAAAACUAUUGGUUGCAGUCAGAGAUAGAUGGGAUAGUCAUGUCCAAGUUAUUAACAAAGUUGUCCCACCAAAUUGGAAGAAUGAACCAGCAGGGAAGAUUUUAGAGCUUUCUAUUCUUCACUUGGCAAUGUCUGAAAUGGCAGUGUUGGAAACAAGGCACCAAAUCGUUAUUAAUGAGGCUGUAGAUCUUGCUAAACGGUUUUGUGAUGGUGCGGCCCCUCGAAUCAUAAACGGCUGUCUCCGCACAUUUUUCCGAGAACUGGAGCUCCAGCCAUCAAAUAAUGGGUCCACUUGAUCUCUCUGUAUAUUGUCUGCUCGUUGCCUUCGGAUCGUGGAAUUCAGGAACAUGACCCAUGGUAGUUUGAUAACUUGUGUUUUUGCUUGUCGAACCAUUUUAGUUAUAGAUUAGAACGGCAGCAAGGUUUGAUGUAGGAACCAUGUUUGAAACUGUUAGUUACUGAAUGACAUGGAAAUAUUGUCAUCAUGUGUGUUAUUUUUGAAAUAUGUUAACGUAGAAUUUGUAAGAAGUUUUAUUUAAUUAUGAUAAAAUACUUUUGAAAUUCCAUUGUUCACAUUGACUCAUUGAGGCUUAUAUUCAUAAAUUCAAAUAAAUUCUUUGUUAU